UUCUCUCCCCCGUUUUCAAGCACAAUUCAUAUAUAUAAUUGCAAGAAGGGAACUUCUUUUCCACUGAGAAAUUUGUAGUCUUCUUUGUAGUUUCACACCUCACAAACUCAUACGGCUAGACUUUCCCACAGCUCGAGAACUUCUCUCUCUCUCUCUCUCACAUCUUCUAGAAAGCUAGGAAGGGAAAGACAAUGGCUUCUGAGACUGAUAAUCGUAUUAAGAGGAAAGCGAAGCCAGUUGAAGCCAUGACAAAUGUGCCUCUUAGUAAAGCAGCAUGGACGCCAGAAGAAGAUAAGAAACUAGCGGAAGUCAUUGCAGUUCAUGGGGCAAAAAGAUGGAAGUCCAUUGCAUCGAAAGCAGCUCUUAAUCGGUGUGGGAAGAGUUGCAGAUUGAGAUGGUUGAACUAUCUCAGACCCAACAUCAAGAGGGGAAACAUAUCAGACCAAGAAGAGGAUUUGAUUCUUCGGCUUCAUAAACUCUUAGGAAACAGGUGGGCUUUAAUCGCUGGGAGGCUACCAGGCCGAACAGAUAAUGAGAUAAAGAACUAUUGGAAUUCUCAUUUGAGCAAGAAGAUAAAGCAGAGGGAGAAGCACUCAAGUGGGAGUUCAACCAAAGAGAAACAAGAGGUGGCGGCCGAGCAGAAGAUUCCUGACGAAGCUGAGGUAAUCAGAGAAGAGGUUUCCACUGAGGAAGCUGAAGACUCAUCAUCAAAACCCAGCUUUGAUGUGGACAGCUUUUUCGAUUUUUCUGUAGAGGAAGGUCCAUUGAAUCUGGAGUGGGUUAGCCAGUUCCUUGAACUUGAUGAAACAAAUCUUGGACUCUUCUCACAAUAAAAACCUUGUUGUAUAGUAAAUUUUGCUAUGUGGUGUUAAUAAAUGGUAAUCACGAGGCCAACAUGAUAUUCAUAAGCUUAAAGCUAGUACCGGGGAAUGUAUAUAACAUCAACGUCCUUAAUUAUUCAGAA